AUGGGAUCGGGCCAGCGCACCGCCAGGCCGAGAAAGCCGCUGAGCCACCGCACCUUGGCGUUGGAUGAUGGGGUCACGUCCUGGAAUGAGACGCUCUGGCCGGUGCAGCUUCACGAGGCUCGCCGCUUUCGCGUGGACACGGAACGGGAAGCCUUCCUGCAGCACUUGGAAGAAGAGGGAUAUGCCGUGGCCUGGAGCACGAGCCGGGAGGGCCAGGUGGUGGCGGAUGUGCUGAGUGAGCAGGACAUCGGCCACGCACGCUCAUUGCUGUGGGAUUUCUUGGAGGCGUUGCCGCAGACUCGGGUCCGGAGGGAUGACGUGAAGAGCUGGGGAUGCAAGCGCGACUGGCUUCCAGAUGAGCGCAACGGGAUCCUGAACGGCUUUGGCUUUGGGCAGAGCGACUUCAUGUGGUUCUUGCGGUUGCGGCCCAAAGUGAAGGACGCGUUUGCAGCGGUUUGGAGCACCAACGACUUGUUGGUCUCCUUCGAUGGGGGCAACGUCUUUCGGCCAUGGCGCUUUGACCCAGCCUGGCGCACACUGGGAGGCUGGUACCACUGCGACCAGAACACGCGCUUGGGCGCUGCGAGUCGUGGUCGCUGCUGCGUGCAGGGCUUGGUGACCUUGUCAGAGGCCUCCAGGAACAGCGGCGGAUUGGUGGUGGUGCCCCAGAGUCACCGAGAUCAUGCAGAGGUCUGUGAGAGGAGCAGCUUAGCGGAAAGCUGUGGUGAUUUUGUACCCAUCUCUGUGAAUGAUCCAAUCUUGGAGAAGGGUCCUGUCCUGGUAGCGGCCAAAGCAGGUGACUUGAUACUUUGGGAUUCCCGCACUGUCCACUGCAAUACUCCUGGUUGGGCACCCGAGGCCGCGGCGGCCGCGCGGCGUGUUCCACUCGAGAGCGGGCGCGGGGUGGCUUGGCCCGGAUGGGCCAAUCGCAACAUGCGAACGGGCGAGAAACUUCCACCUCAGGGGACAGACAUGUCCAGUGUCCACCUGCCAAUUCCCGACAAGAGUCAGCUCCUAGCAAGCCAAAAUUCCUCCUUGCUGGGUUAUCCACAGCAGGAUCUUGAGGGAGAUUCCCAGUUCGCUUCUGGAACUGUUGGUGGAAUGCCUGCUCUCCAAAAGCACAGCGGGGAGAUAGUGCUUUGGUUGGUUGUUGCACAACCAGUGCGGAUUACACUUGAAAUUUUCCCACGAACCAUGUCCCUUCGUUUGUUGACCGUGUAUAAUGAGAUUGUGAACCAUGGAGUGGGAGCUGAAUACAUCGUUCUGUUGUGCCAGGCUGAAGGCAUGCCGUUCACGCAGUGUGCCCAAAUGGAGGAGUGGCAGUUGCUCCGUGAAGUUGGAUAUGUGUGCAUGACUCCUGCGGCGUGGGCAUCGGACGAAACGCUGGAGCAGCGGAGGAAAGCCUUCGAAGAGGGGAUUAGCACCAGUCAUUGGCCUCACAAGUGA